CUCCACACCAUACUUCAAUAUUCUUCCCAUUUUUGUUGCCUCUUGCUCUCUCCUUACUCGACAAUAAAGCUAUACUUAAACCUAAACCUGCAGCUAUUUCUGACAAUUCCUUCUUUCUCAUCAUUUCCUUCUUUCUUUAUAUAUUGCCCUUUUCCAGGGCCAACCUCUUUGUUUUUUCGAAUUUUCUUUCCCGGCUUCAGGUUCUUUGGCUAUGGCUAUUGAUGUUUGUUCGGAGAUUUCUAGUCCUCGUAUCUCAUUUUCAUAUGAUCUAAACCAGAAAGAUCAUGGAGUGUCACAGUUUGAGAGAAGAUUGGAUUCAUCGCUUCUUGAUUCGAGCUCUGAUUUCGAUUUCUGCAUUGGCAAUAGUAGGUUAUACCAGGAGCUUUCUUCAGCUGAUGAGCUUUUCUCCAAUGGCAAGAUUCUUCCUGUUGAAAUCAAGAAGAAGAAACAAAUCAUUCUUUCUACAAAACAAAUCCAUCAACCACCACCACCACCAUCUUCGUCACCCUCUCCUCAUCCUCAGCAAAUAAUGGCCAAUGAAAGUUGCACAGAAAAGAAGAGAUUAAAAGAGUUCUUGUCAAUGAGUCUAGAUGAUGCGGAUGAUGAUGAAUACGACAAGCCUCUGUAUAAAUCUUUCUGGCAAUUCAAACGAAGCAGUAGUCUCAACUGCGAUAGCACUCGAAGCAAGAGUUUAAUCAAGUCUUUACAGUUCCUUUCGCGAAGUAAUUCCACUGGUUCUGCUCCAAAUCCAAAACAUUCAUCCAUUUCAAAGGAAUCCCAGAAGCAGAAUUUACAAAGACAACCAUCUGUUUCAAGGAAAUCAAAAGUUUCAAGCUCUGGUUCUUACUAUUCUUAUUACAACAAUUCUUCUUCAACCCAGAAGCCUCCUUUGAAGAAGAACUGUGGAUCCUAUAACAAUGGCAACAAUGGUGUCAGAAUUAGUCCAGUUUUAAACAUCCCUCCUCCUUACAUUUCAAAUGCCACCGUAAAUCUCUUUGGCCUCGGUUCACUCUUCUGUAAUGGCAAGAUUAAAAAGAAGAAGAGAUAGAUUCUUCUCCAUUAUAUGCAAAGCUUUUAUUAUUACCCUUCAGUCGUUUUACAGUACAGAUGGAUUUGGUUGUCACAUGUGAUAAGUUUAUGUAAA